UGUUCAACAAGUAGAUAGGAGCAACAGUUGCCAAUUGCGGAGAGCGGCAGACGCAGAACGCAGAACGCAUUCGAAAACGGAGAGUGAAUCGUAUAAAGAAGACAGGACGACGCUAACAGCCCGCUAAUCCCAAGGAUAACAGUCAGUACGCACACCAACACAAACGGGGAUAGAGUGAGAUAGAUAUAGUCAAACAUGAAGUUAAAUAUGCUGACGCUCGGCAUGCUGGCUCUAACGAUCCUGGCCAACUCGCAGCAUGUCCUUAGCUUUCUGACGGGCCAAGCGACGUCUCUCAAUGGAGUUGGAGCAGCUACACUUGCAGCACAACAACAACAGCAGCAACAGCAGCAACAGCAGCAGCAGCAGCAGCAGCAGCAGCUCGCCGGCCUCUUUGAUGGAGUCGGAGUCGGAGUCGGAGCUGGAGUUGAUGCCGACGAGGACAGCAGACAGCAGCUGAACAUAGAGACGCAGCAGCAGCGCAAUGUUUACGAUCCAGGAGAUGAGCUGCUGCGUGCGCUGAACAUGGAGUUGGAAUCGGAACGCGAACGGGAACGUGAAACGGAACGGCAGCCUGACUACGGCACUGCCGUGGAGCUGGCCAGUAAAUUUGACAUGCUUAAGAAGAUAGAGCAGGAUUUACGCGCUGAGCAGGAACUAGUCGACAAAUCCGCUUUGCUUAUGAAAAUGUUAGAGGACCCGACAUUGGAUACGCUGCCAUUGGUCUAUGUGGAGGAGGAGGAGCCGACAGUAAUUGCGGCCGACGACUACCCAGAACUGGAUAAUGGCAUACAGAACCUAAUUGUCGGGCAGAAUAAGCCAAAACGUUCCCGUUAUUAUCGUCGCUAUCCCUGGAAGCGACACAAUCGCAAUCGCGGUUCUUACAUGAAUUCUAUCAACAGCAACUAUGAACCGGAACUGCGUUACGCCUGCACACCUAGCAAGGAGGAUAUAUUCAAGCUUCUGGUCAAUUUGCAUGAGAAUCGUAAGGGCAAUCACAGCAAGACUGUGAAUUUUUGCAAUCGCAAGCGACCCGCCAAGGCGGUAUUUACCAAUAUUCGAUUCCUGGGCUAGAUCUGAGAAUGGCAGACAGAGACAGAUGGAUACACACAACCAUACACCUACACACACAUACACACACAUAAAGACAUAUGUAUACCAAGCAUCAGUUUGUAUAUUGCUGACAAAGUCAAGCGCGAAAACUGGAGAACAACAAGCACUAACAAUUAGUUAACUUAACUAACUAACAAACUAAUUAAACUAACCAGCUACUAGGUAAUUAUUUAUGCAAACAACCUUUUCGCACACUAAGCUAGCCAAUUAGCCAACACUGAAUUGCAAAACUAGUGUUAAACCACGUUUAACUUUUUUAAUGUCUCUCAAUGUGUUGUAUAUACUAAAAAAUAUUUAUAUAUGUAUCUAAAGUUUUUAAUAUCAAGUUAAUCCGAGCUAAUGUUCCAGCCUGUCAUAUCAUUAGAGAACGCGUCUAUCGAUGUUGGUAGUCGAAGUAUUAUCUAUGUUAACUUAACCUAGAAACCUUAACCUAAAUGAUACAAAUAUAUAAAAAAAAAAAAAAAAAAAACUAACGAACGAAAUCAUA